AUGGAUGCAAUCAAUCACCCAGAGGGGGAGAUACUCCAUUCGUUGUUCGGUCGCACGGUCGUUAGAGUGGGAGAAAAUCUUGUCAUAAAGUCGGGCAAUAUCCGUUCGCACGAAGCGCAAACGCUUCGUUUCAUUGCAGCAAAUACCACGAUCCCUGUACCCAAAGUUCAUGAUGUCCGUUCGGAGAACAGCCAAAUAGUGGCUAUUACGAUGGAUUAUAUGCCUGGAAAGCGACUUGAUGAAGCGUGGCAUACUUUGGAUUCCAAUCAAAAGCUCUCCAUUGCCAACGAACUUCAUUCCUACAUCAGCCAACUUCGCAACUUAAAAGGGGAAUAUAUCGGAGCUGUCGGACGUGGCAAGGCGAUAAUUGGACGACGUAUAUCUAUUGAAGGUGGCCCAUUCGACUCUGAGCAACAGUUCAACGAAUUUAUCUUAGGGGAUCUUGUUCAGUCAGCACCUGAUUUAUUACGACACUAUGCUAAACAUGCGCUUUCGGAUAACCAUGAGAUUGUUUUUACUCAUUCCGAUAUCUCCCCACGGAAUAUUCUCGUCGAAGGAGGCCAUGUCACAGCAAUCCUCGACUGGGAAGAUGCUGGUUGGUACCCGGCAUAUUGGGAAUAUACUCAGGCGCUUCGGCAAUUGAAACCAGUGCCUGACUGGCCAGAAUAUCUAUCCCGUAUUCUUCCCCCUCAAUUCGAGAGAGAAUACAUAGGCAUGUCCUUCUUAGCUCUCAUCUUGAGCCACUAG